AUGCCUUGCAUCUUUAAGUUUUCAUUAUUCACGACGACAAAGAAUGAUGAUAAAGGAUCGAAUUUACUAAAAUCCUCAACUACGAAAAGCAAAGAAUACGCGGAAACAUUAUUAUUGCCAAAGACAAAGUUUCCACUUAGGGCUGAUGCUGUAAACCGAGAGCAUUUGUUUCGUGAUAGGUGUACAAAAGAUUUGUAUGCUUGGCAGCUAAAGAAUAACCCAAAACCUUUAUUUAUUUUACAUGAUGGUCCACCUUAUGCCAAUGGAAAUUUGCAUAUAGGUCACGUGCUAAAUAAAAUUUUGAAAGAUAUAAUAAAUCGAUAUAAAAUAUUAAAGGGCCAUAAAGUCGCUUUUAUUCCAGGAUGGGAUUGUCAUGGAUUACCGAUAGAAUUAAAAGCUUUAUCAGAAUUGAAGAAUGUAGACAAAUCUUUCUUAACUCCCAUGCAAAUACGCCUUACGGCAAGAAAAUGCGCAUUAAGUACAAUAGAAAUUCAAAUGUCUGAAUUUAAGAGUUGGGCAAUUAUCGGUGAUUGGGAUAAUCCUUAUAAGACUCUUGGUUGGUAUAAGGAAUAUGAAGUUAGGCAGUUAAAACUAUUUCAUGAAAUGGCAAAAAAAGGAUACAUAUAUAGACAAAAUAAACCUGUUUAUUGGUCUCCAUCUUCAAGAACAGCUUUAGCUGAGGCUGAAUUAGAGUAUUACAAUGAUCAUAAAAGUCGAUCUGUUUAUGUGAAAUUUCCUUUGGUAAAAUCAUCAUUAAACUUACCGAAUUUAAACGACACUGAUAUUUACAUUUUGAUAUGGACAACAACUCCAUGGACGCUCCCGGCAAAUCGGGCAGUCGCAAUUAAUUCAAAAGUAGAAUACUCGAUUGUCAGCCCUGUCUUUGAUACUGAAUUUGUAAGUUGUAAAGAUUAUUAUAUUGUGGCAAAUAAUAUGAUUGAUGCAUUGCAAAAGAUCAUUGGAUCUGAAUUGAAUAUUAAAACCACUUUUGAAGGACACACCUUGAUCGGUACAAGUUACGAACAUCCAGUUACACAAGUACCAUACAAGAUAAUAGAUGCAGACCAUGUAACAUCUGACUCUGGAACUGUUCAUAUAGCACCAGGACAUGGAAUUGAAGAUUACGAGACAUGUAAAAAAUUAAAUAUUUCACCAUUUUGUCCCAUCGACGAUUUUGGAAAAUUUACUGCAGAAGUUGGUGAUCCUUCCUUUGAAGGAAAAGACGUAUUAAACGAUGGAACAAAUGCUAUAAUUAAUUAUUUGAAAGAAAACAAGUUGUUGGUGAAAGAACAUGAAAUUGUUCAUAAAUAUCCUUAUGAUUGGAGAACUAAAAAGCCUAUCAUUUUAAGAGCCACACCACAAUGGUUCAUUAACGUUGAAGCAUUUAAGCAGAAAGCCUUUUCAUCACUUGCGGAUAUCAAGAUCUUACCAGACAAUGCUCGAAAUCGCUUAGAAAUAUAUACAUUAUCACGUAACGAAUGGUGCAUAUCACGUCAGCGCUCUUGGGGUGUUCCUAUACCUGUUUUAUAUGACGUCGAAACGGAUGCACCGUUAUUCGCAGAGCCUUCUAUAGCUCAUAUUAUUGAAAUCGUGAAUCGUUUUGGAUCGGAUGCAUGGUGGGAGAUUGAUGAAAAAGAGUUGAUGGCGCCAGAGUAUAGGGACAAUGGUAUAAAAUAUCGACGAGGUAUGGAUACGAUGGAUGUGUGGUUCGACAGUGAUAUUUUUAUGUCAUUUUUCGAAUUAUUAAUUAGACCAGAUUCCAAUGCUGUCGCAGAUUUAUAUCUUGAAGGAACUGACCAGCAUCGUGGAUGGUUCACAUCAUCAUUAUUAACUUCUAUCGCUGUUAAUGAAACUGCACCAUUUUCUGCUGUUAUUACACAUGGAUUUGUUCUUGACGAAAAAGGACGUAAAAUGUCUAAAUCUUUGGGAAACGUAACUGAUCCGAAAACAAUAAUAAAUGGCGGAAAGAAUAAAGAAAAAGAACCAGCCUAUGGUGUGGAUGUAUUGAGACUUUGGGUUGCAUCUUCAGAUUAUACUAGAGAUGUUAGCAUUGGAAAAACUGUUAUGAGCCAAGUAGGUGAAAAUCUGAGAAAAUAUCGUAACACAGCUAGGUUCAUGUUGGGCAAUUUAAACAAUUUUGAUCAUGAACAAUUGGUAGCCUAUGAUGAUUUGAAAUCAAUUGAUAAAUACAUGUUGCAUGAAACUUAUCAAUUUGGAAAAGCUGUUGAAUCCAACUAUGAUGAUUUUUUAUUUAAUAAAGUCGUACAGGCAUUAAACAACUUUACAAACGUAUCACUAUCAGCAUUUUACUUCGAUAUUGUAAAAGACAGAUUAUAUGCUGACCAUGCACUAAGCAUUAGUCGAAGAAGUGUUCAGACUGUUUUGUAUCAUAUUCUUAAUGUAUAUACAAGAUCAUUAGCACCGAUGGUUCCACAUCUAGCAGAAGAAAUAUACGAGAAUUAUAAGAACAUUGAUCGUGAGCAAUUUGAUAGUAUAUUUAAACUAGGGUGGUAUAACAUGAAUAAGAAUUGGGAUAAUCGGGCGAUUCAAAAAGAGUGGAAUAUUUUGAAAACACUGAGAAAUGAAGUGAAUCAGCUAUUAGAGGUGGCUAGGAAAGAUAAAGUAAUUAAAAGUUCAUUAGAAGCUAACGUGGAGUUGUAUGUGACUUCAGAAUUAUACGAGUUACUAUCAAACCAUGCAACCUUAACUCCAAAUGUACUACCGCCUUCAUUUCUCAAUGAACCACUACAAGCCGCCAAUUCUAUAUAUAUCAGAAACGAUAAUGCAGAUGAUAUUGGCUACAUUAAAAACAUUAAUAAUAUAGAAAAUGUAAAAGGGACAUGUAAAAUUGUUAUAAGGCGAGCACAAAUGCAUAAGUGUCCAAGAUGUUGGAAUUAUGCUGCUAACGAAGAAGAAAGUUUGUGCCAAAGAUGUGAAGAAAUUUUAUCAACUAGAUCUAUUUAUUGA